AGAAGUCUCUCCCUGACAGUCUCGGUCUUGGCACAAGCUUGCAGGCAGCAACAUAAAACGUGUUUUCCCAAAGGAUUUAAUAUCAAGUGAACCCUAGGAGGCAGCGAGUUUAUACCAUCUAUAAACCAGUCUCAGUGGGAGUGAGGACAAAGCUGUAGACAGGUCCCACUACUGACCGUUAACUCUUGCCAGAAUGUGGAAAAGAGAGAGUACCAAUGGUCCUGCUCCCAACAGAAGAUGUUUCUCCCUCGUCCAUCAAUAUAUCCAGCGUUUUAAUGAGGUGUCUGGCAGCAAGACAGCUGUCAUCCGGAGAAGAUCCAAGACUCCUGGAGUAAUAAUCUCACAGUAUGUGGUGAACAUACCAGAGGGGAAAAGCACCCCAGAUUUCGCAAGCACACCGACCCCACUGAAUAUCAAAGAAGGGAAUAUAGCGGUUUUCAAGGUUAUGGCAAUAGGUGAUCCAAAACCAGAGGUGUCAUGGAGAAGAACUAAAGGGCCCAUUUCAGACAAGAAAACAUUUCUGAGUAAAUAUGACGAAUCAACUGGAGAGCAUAUAUUAGAGAUACUGAAAGUGUCUGGUGAAGAAUCAGAUACGUACAAAUGCUAUGCUUCGAACGAAUAUGGCAAAGCGGUCUGCUCAACAACAUUAAAUCUGGUUGAUGACUUGAAAAAUCCAUCAGACUUCAGAAAAAUGCUGCGGAAAAGCAAAGUAGAUGAAAAAGGAGACGGGGAAAGUGAUGAAAGAUUCUGGAAUGCGAUGCUGAAAGCUGACAGGAACGACUACGAGCGCAUCUGUAAUGAGUUUGGUGUUACAGACAUACAUUUGGUUCUGAAGAAGCUGAAAGAGAGGAAGGAGAGGGUGCAAAACAAGUGUAAGGAUGGCAUGAUUCCCUAUAAUGAAGAUGCUACUGAGAAACACAGCCUUAAGGAUACCGAGAGACCAAACGGUUUUAACGUUAAGAGCCCAAUGGAGAAGGGCUCAGGGCUCCAACAGGGGAAUGGACAGGUCUACCUUCCGGACACGGGACUGAGUCUGGUGGACGGACAGGUCAAGCUUUCCGACACAGAACUGAGUGUGGUGGACGGACAGGACAAGCUUUCCGACACGAGAUUGAGUGUGGUGGAUGGACAGGUCAAGCUUUCCGACACGGGACUGAGUGUGGUGGACGGACAAGUCAAGCUUUCCAACACAGGGUUGAGUGUGGUGGACGGACAAGUCAAGCUUUCCAACACAGGGUUGAGUGUGGUGGACGGACAGGUCAAGCUUUUCAACACAGGGCUGAGUGUGGUGGACGGACAGGUCAAGCUUUCCGACACAGGGCUGAGUCUGGUGGAUGGACGGGUCUACCUUCAUGACACAGCACUGAGUAAUGUGGAUGGAGGGGUCUACUUUCCCCAAACCAAAAAUCAUCUGGUGGAUGGAGACAUCAAGCCUCCCCACACAGGACUGAAUCUGGUGGAUGAAGGGGUCAAGCUUCUCUAUUCAGAGUUCAAACUUUCCAAUGUGGACUUUGUCGUAAAGAUUCAGGAGCUUAAAGCUCAAGAAAGAGAAGAUGCCCUCUUUGCAUGUGUCCUGACUCACCCACUACCCAGGAUCUCAUGGAUGGGCAAAGGCAGCGCCCUGCAGGAUGGAGAGAAAUACAACAUCACCGUGUCGGACCAUAAACUGAUCCACCGGCUGCUGAUCAGGGACUGCACCCAGCAAGACAGCGGCAUCUACUCAGCUGUGGCCGGGAUUACGUCCUGCAGUGCCUGGCUGGUUGUUCAAGUUGAGGGAGACCCUUCAUCUGCUGAGAGAGCCGGUAAAACCACCUUGGCUGGUGGAGCACAAAUCGACCUCGAGAAAGUUGCCAGAGAGCGACAAAUCAAAAACCGAGAGGAGAUGGAGAAGAUUUUAGCAGCUGUGAAAGCAAAACAAGGAGAAGGAGCACUGAAAGAAAGAAUGACAUUAACAACUGGAAGAGACGGUGAAAUAACUACGGUCAAUGGACUGGGUCAAAACAAUGGAGCAGGAACUGAAGAGCAAAAUGCCACAACAACCAAUGCUCUGUCUGAGCCAACAGAGAAAGGGCACAAAGGGAAGGUCAAGAAAAAGGAAUCAAGAGGAGAUACAGCAGAAACAAAAUGUGAUGCUUCAGGUUGUGAAACACAAGAAGGACCACAAAUGAUAGAUGGCCCCAAGACCAAGAAACACAGAAGAUCUGGUCAAGCGGAUUUUGACAAGAUGAAAAUAAAGACUCGCUCUGGGUCCGUCAGGCGUACAAAGAGCAAAAAGAAGGUCCCACGGAAAGCCUCUGACCAAGAUCAAAAUGGAUUAGAAAAUGAUGAUACAACAACGGAAAAUGAAGCAAGUGGCGAUGAUGAUGGAGAAAGUAACGAUUCGGAGAGUUACUAUUCAGGAAGCUAUGAUUCAGGAAGCUAUGAUUCAGAAAGUGACAAUGCAAGAAGUGGCAAUGCAGAAAGCAACGAGGGCUCCGCUGGCCAGCUCAAGAAUUCAAGGCGUUCAAAGCGAAGCAAGCGGCAAAAGAAAUCCAUCAAUGGGAAGAAAAUACUGGAUGGAGGUCUAAAUACAUGUCCUGAAGAUCACAAUGACAGUGAGGAAACUGAAGGGGGAUAUGGCACUGCCAAACGUUCAAGGCGUAAAAGAAAAGGCCCACUGAUAGAAGACAUGGUGAUUGAUCCAGGAGUUCAUUUCAUCUGUGGUUUGUCUGAUGUCACUGCCAUCAUCAAUGAGACUGCUGAGCUAACAUGUAAGCUCAGCAGUGAGGACUGUGAGGGCGCCUGGUUCAGAGACGGAAAAAAGAUAUUUCCAGAUGAAAAUUUCAAUGUUAUUAAAGAUGGUGCGAUCCAUAAAUUAAUCAUAAUCAGGUGCGAGGAAGAGCACACUGGGAAAUACCGCUUUGAGGCAGACCAUCGUAAAACAGAGGCGAUGAUCAACGUUAAAGAUCCCCCAAGGUUUGACCCUGAAGACCUUGGGGCUUUUACUGAGCCUGUGACAGUGAAAGUGGGGCACAAUGCAAUCUUCAAACUGCAAUUUGUUGGCCACGAACCCAUCAAGAUUAAGUGGUACAAAGAGGGAGAAGAGCUUCUAGAUGACAACAACACAAAGAUAGAGAAAUCUGCAAGUCACAGCCGCUUGCUGCUGAGCAGGUGCCAGAGGAAGGACACGGGAGAGAUCAAGAUUAAGCUCAAGAACGAACACGGCUUCAUCGAGGCCAUUUCCCAGUUAAUUGUUCUCUACAAACCCACUUCCCCCCUGGGUCCUGCAGAGGUAACCGAGAGCUCAGCUAAAUGUAUUGAGUUUAAAUGGAGGCCUCCAAAGGAUGAUGGAGGCUCACCAGUGACCAACUACAUAAUAGAGCGACAGCAAGUGGGACGAAACACCUGGAAGAAAUUAGGGGAAAUCCCUGGGGUGUCCAGCUACCGUGAUACAGACGUGGACCAUGGCAGGAAAUAUUUUUACCGUAUCCGGGCAGUGACUGCGGAGGGAACUAGUGAAGUGAUGGAGACUGAUGAAAUGCAAGCCGGCACACUUGCUUUUCCUGGCCCUCCAGCGCCUCCAAAGGUGGUCAGUGCCUUCGAUGACUGCAUCAAUAUUUCUUGGGCUGCACCAAUUAAAACAGGAGGUUCACGUAUCCUGGGCUAUAUUUUGGAGAGACGCAAAAAAGGGAGUAAUCUAUGGACUGUUGUCAAUGCGAUGGAUGAACUGAUUAAAGAAAAGAAAUAUGCAGUGAAAGAUGUUGUGGUAGGAAUGGAGUAUGAAUUCAGAGUCUCUGCCAUAAACAUUUCUGGAAUCGGCGAAUUCAGCAAUGCCUCAGAGUUUGUUUUCGCUCGGGAUCCAAAGAAGCCCCCUGGUAAAGUUAUAGGCCUGAAGGUGACGGAAACUUCCUACACCCACUUUGUCCUGACUUGGACCAAACCUGAGGAUAAACCAGGGGUACAGGACGAAGCAAAGGGAUAUUUUGUCGAGAUUCGUCCAGCAGAUUGCAUUGAAUGGUCCCGCUGCAAUACCACCUUCAUCAUUACCACUUCUUUCAGUGUGAAAGGCCUGAGGCACAAGGAGAUAUACUGGGUGAGAGUGAUUGCGUUUAAUGAUGGAGGAAAUGGUGCAGCCGAGGAGAUGCCCAACUAUGUCCUUGCAAUGCCAUCACCUGUGAGGCCAAAGUUCACAAACCACAAAAUGAAGAGUUUCUUGGUGGUGAAGGCGGGGAACUCUGUCAGGAUCACAGUGCACUUUGAGGCCUCCCCACGCCCCCAUAUUACAUGGGUGAAGGACAAUGUGCCAGUGUCAAAGAGAGUUACAAUCAGUAACUCUGACGGCUCCUCCCAGCUGCUGAUCCCUUCCUCUGAGCGCUCUGAUUCUGGCAUCUACUCCAUUCUGGUGAAAAAUCUUGUAGGACAGGAGACAUUCAGUACAGAGGUCAGGGUCACAGAUGAUCCGAAGCCCCCUGGUCCGGUAGAGCUGGAUGAAAAUGUUCCCGGCACAGUGACAGUGAUGUGGGAGCCGUCUCCUGAUGAGAAGCGUGAUGACCGCCUCCACUACACAGUGUCAAAACUGGACUCCACCAAACGCACAUGGACCAUAGUGGCUGACAGACUCUUCAAUAACAGGUUCACAGUGUGCAAUAUCAUGCACGGGAGGGAAUAUCAUUUCCGAGUGUAUGCCAAAAACGACAUGGGCAUCUCUGCACCGUCAGAGUCACCCACCUGUGGGAGGGAGAAGAAGAAAGAAAAAUUCAAGGUGAACAUACCGACCAUAAAGGACUGUGAUUUGCGAUGUGCUCCAACCUUUAUUGUUCCUUUGAAGUUUCACACCGCACCCAAAGGCUAUGAGUGCUACAUGAGUUGUGCAGUGAAAGGAAACCCCCCACCUCGUAUCACCUGGUAUCGAAAUCACAUCAGCCUGAACACUAAUACCAACUAUUACAUCUCCAACACCUGUGGAGUUUGCUCCUUGUUAAUUCUCCGUGUAGGCCCCAAAGACAUGGGGGAGUAUACCAUCUCUGCAGAGAAUGCCCUGGGAAGAGCUGAGUGCUCCACCACCCUCAGUGUCAGAGAGUGAAGACACUAAAGGCCCACAAUAUGAGCAGUAUUCAUUUUAAGGUUUUUAUAUUAUACAUGUUGUAUGAGUUGAAGUGUCGCUUGGACAUUGUGCAACAUUUACAAUAGGAAGAGAUGGAAUUUUGUUUUAACUGUAUUGCUAAUAAAAACAAAACAAUUCCCGAA